UGUAUGCUAACUGACAGAACAGUUGUUUGCUAUAUGGGUCAGGGGACACUGGAUAGCAACCUCUUUAUUUGACAGGGAUUUUUUUUAAGACACACGUGAGUGCUGGGUAGUGUAACUGGUAUAACCUGACUAACCUAUCAAAAGCUGCUAUAAUGGAAAUCCAAUCAAAAGCCUUAUUGAAACCCACCCCAGUACCUGUCAAAACAAGGCACUUAACAAGGAGUUAGUAACAAAGGAGACAGAUCCCUAUCAGGUGUCAUCGUUAGACUCUUUAGUAAGAUUAAGUAAUGCUAUUAGCUCAACAAAUUUGAUCCGAGAACAAACCCUGACAUUAGUAUUUCGUUUUUAAACUGACACAUAUACUCUCCAUUCAGAUCACCAUCCAAACAAAACUUCUCGUUUUUUCCUGGUCCUCCGCCCAUUUCCUUGGUUUAUAAUACCUGUUCUGGGAGGCCGUACUUAGGCUAAUAGACGAUUUUGGGGCUUACCAUUUUGAAACCCAACAGGAUUUACCCCUUUUUGAAACUUGAAAAAAAGAGGAAAAAACGUAGGCCUAAUCAACCGUUUCCGCAAACUAUUUUUACUCUAACAUCUGUUAAUUUCCUGAAGUAGACUUAGUAUGUCGUGUCCUUAUUGGGAGGAUUAAGCGCACCUAUGAAGCGGUCAAUCCGAAUAGUUUUCAAUCAUAUUUUUUGCGGUGUGCUUCCAGCAGUACACUUUAAUAUUCAAAAUAGCUAUUAGUAAAAAUGUAAUCCUUGUAGGAGAAGACUCUAGGUAUAGUGCCUAAUGAAAGCAACAGAGAAAGAGCAUGAAGGUGGAGGGAGAAUGGGAUCAAGAACAUCGGAGAGAGAUCAGAGUUGGAUUCCAAACGUCAUCAAGAAGAGAGUGUGCACCACUUUCGUAGAAGACUCUUCUAGCAAUGGGUCAUUAUGUCAGUGCGGGAGUGGGCGGGACACACACAGCUCCAUUGCUACGGGAGACUGUUUUGGUGCAGCCAUUGUCACCCAGUGGAACAGUUCUCAGCACUCCUCAGAGUACCCAACCGAUGCCUUCGGAGAGAUGGAGUUUACAGGCGCCGGCAGGAAACACAGCAAUUUUGUACGCCUGUCGUGUGACACCCUGCCCCCUGUUGUGUACCAACUGAUGACAUCCCACUGGGGGGUGCGCUCCCCCAACCUAGUGGUUUCUGUGGUGGGGGGAGGGGGGAACGAAAAGGUCAAGACCUGGGUCAGAGAGGUGCUGAGACAGGGACUGGUCAGGGCAGCACAGAGCACAGGAGCGUGGAUCCUGACGGGGGGGCUGAGAGAGGGGAUUGGUCGGUGUGUGGGCGAGGCUGUGAGGGAUCAUUCUGCAGCGGCCUCCUCCCUGUCCCAGAAGAAAGUUAUUGCUGUGGGUGUGGCUCCCUGGGGGCUGGUGUCUGACAGACAGAAGCUUGUCAAUGAACAGGGUAGUUUCCCAGCUCGGUAUUAUGUCCAGAACACAUCCUGGGACUCAUGCUGCCUAGAUAUUAACUACCAAGCCUUCUUGCUGGUGGAUGAUGGGAGUGUGGGCCGGCGUGGAGUGGAAACAGCCUUCAGGGCCAAGAUGGAGGAAUACAUCUCCCACCAGCGGACCGGUCUUUGUGGUAGUGGCAGUAUAGAUAUCCCUGUGCUCUGUAUGCUCAUCGCUGGGGAAGGUAACAUGCUGGAGCGGAUGGAUCUCUCUCUCAGUAAGAAUAUUCCCUGGCUGGUUUUGAAUGGCUCUGGUCGAGCAGCGGAUUUAAUCUGUGAGCUGCUGGAUGCCCUGUCAGCCCUCCCCACAUGCACCACCUCUCCUUCCCCAGAGAAUGAAGGGAACCAGAGUCCCAGUGCAGAGCUGCGGGACAGGGCCCGUGAGAGGGUCAAGAGAUACUUCCCUGCAAAGGCCGAACUGGAGAAGCUUGUGGAUAGAGCUCUGAGUAUCUAUCAGAACAGAGAUCUGAUAACGGUGUUCAACGGGGAACAGGAGAGUCCUGAUGAUUUUGACACAGUUCUACUGAGGGCUCUGGUCAGAGCUAAUAAACGUGUGUCCAGCAAUGCAAGUGAAUAUACAGAGGAGCUGAAGCUAGCAGUGGCCUGGAACAGGGUGGACAUCGCUAAGAGUGAACUCUUCAAUGGAGACAUCCAAUGGAAGUACAAGGACCUAGAAGAUUCCAUGACGGACGCGCUGAUAAAUGACAAACCCCAGUUUGUACGUCUCUUCAAUGAGAACGGCCUCAACAUUGUGGACUACCUAACCUAUCAACGUUUGGAAGGCCUGUACUGCUCACUGUCUGACAGCACUCUCACCUAUGCAUUGCUCCAACGACGCCUCUCAGAGAGGCAUGGCCUGGCAGCACCUCACAAAGAGGCAGGAUCCCUGGCAACUCUCCCUUCCGCUAUGGACCUGGAAUCUCCCCUCAAAAGCUCCACAAGCCCUGUCAGCCCCAUGUCAAAACCGACCUCACCCAAAGAGCUCAGCUUGUAUGAGGUUUCAAGGUUAUUAUGGGACAUCAUGGGAGAUGUUUGUCAGCCAUUUUAUUAUACUCUGCUGGAAUUGGAUCAGAGCACCAGCACUUGGAGAGCAAUGAAGCAUGUAAAUAGGUUAUUACUGGGGGAGUGUUCAUACAGGAAGCAGCACUGUCAGUAUCCCUGGGCCUCUCUGUUCAUCUGGGCUGUCCUACAGAACCGUAGUGAGAUGGCUGUCUACUUCUGGGAGAUGGCUGGGGAGUCUGUCCUCGGUGCUCUGGCAGCCUGUAAGAUUCUGAGAGAGCUGUCAAAGCUGGAGAGUGAGACGGAGACCAAGCUGUCUAUGAAGGAGCUGGCCCAGAAGUUUGAGAACUUGGCCCAUGACGUAUUCAGUGAGUGCUACCAGAGCAAUGAGAGCCGAUCUUUCACCCUCCUUAUACGGCAGUCUCCAAUGUGGGGUGAAGCUACCUGUCUGCAAAUGGCCACUGCAGCCGAUGCCCGCCACUUCUUCAGUCAUGACGGUGUACAGUCUCUGCUGUCUCAGAUCUGGUGGGGAGCCAUGGAGAGAAGCACAGAUGUUUGGAAACUGGUCCUUGCAUUCUUCCUACCCCCCCUCAUCUACACAAAACUCAUUAGCUUCAGGGAACGUGAAGACGAGGGGAAGUCGCAUGUGCAUCAUGGUCGAGACACAGACAGUCUGGAUGGAGAUGCCACUCUAUUCUCUUUCUCUGACGUCAAUCAAACGCCAGAGCAGGAUGAGGAAUAUGCUGCUCUAAAGGACAGUCAGAAAGAAGCCCCUUCCUUCCAUCCAAAGAGGUCCUUUAUACUGAUGCGCUGGAGGGAGUUCUGGUUUGCACCCAUCACCUCUUUCUUAGGGAAUGUGUUGAUGUACUUCCUGUUCUUAAGCCUGUUUGCCUACAUCCUAUUGUUGGACUUCAAACCCCCGCCCCCUCAUGGCCCAUCAACUUUGGAGUCUAUUCUCUACUUUUGGGUCUUCACUCUGGUCUGUGAAGAGUUUCGACAGUCAUUCUUCAUGGCCAGCACCACCUUAUAUCAGAGGAUGAAGCUCUACAUCCAAGACAUGUGGAAUAAGUGUGACAUCACAGCUCUCUCACUCUUUGCAUUGGGCAUGUGCUGUAGAAUGUUUCCAUGGUCCUAUGAGUUUGGCCGUGCUGUGAUGGCUGUGGACUUCAUGGUGUUCACUCUCCGUCUCAUCCACAUCUUCGCCAUCCACAAACAGCUCGGACCCAAGAUUAUCAUUGUUGAAAAAAUGAUGAAAGACAUCUUCUUCUUCCUCUUCUUCUUGGCGGUGUGGAUAGUGGCCUACGGUGUUGCCAAUCAGGCGCUGCUCUAUUCCUACGACCCUCGUCCUAAUUGGAUUUUUCGCAGAGUGUUCUACAGACCGUAUAUGCACAUAUAUGGACAUAUCCCCAUACACGAAAUGGAUGCUGAUAAACUGGAGGAAGGGAUGAAGUGCACCAAUAACCUCACCCUGAUUGAGGAUGGGGCAGAGCCCUGCACAAGUACCUAUGCCAAUUGGCUGGUGGUUAUCUUAUUGGUCAUCUACCUCCUGGUCACCAACAUCCUCUUGGUCAACCUGCUCAUCGCCAUGUUCAGUCACACCUUCUCCAAAGUGCAGGAGCACAGCGACACCUACUGGAAGUUCCAGCGCUACAACUUGAUCUUGGAAUACCACUCUAGACCCUGUCUGGCCCCACCCUUCAUCAUCCUGUCGCACCUCCAUCUCUUGAUUAAGAGACACAUCCGCAAGAUCCCCUCCACUAAGAUCAAACACUUCGUUCUCGAGAUCCGGGGUAGAGAGGCCAGUAGACUAAACACGUGGGAGGCCAUCCAGAAGGAGAAUAUUUUGACAGCUCAGAACAAACGAGAGCGAGAGAAGGAUUCAGAGAGACUCAAACGAACAUCUGUCAAGGUGGACAUUGUCCUAAAGCAGAUAGCAGAUAUCCGGUCAUGGAUGGCAGAGAUCCGGGAACAUGAACAUAGAGUCAAAACAGAACGCGCUGAGUUGGAAUACUGUACCAGUGCCCUCUCCUGGGUGGUGGAGACUCUCUCUCAGAGUAACUUGAUAAAGCCCACACGUCCUCCGCCCACGCUAAGAACUGAACCCUCCAUCUCCAGCUAGCUGUGAAAUCUAAACACACACACACAAUCAAUGUCACUCAGGACCAAAGAGCCUCAAGAUAUCCCAAGGACUAAAUGUUAAUCUGUUCAAUUUCAAUUAACAUUUGAAUGUCUGCCUUUUCUUAUCAGGACCUCUUCUAUAAUAAAAUAAUAUGUAGUUCUGUAUAACAGCGUCCUCUAUCUACCUAUGUUAUGAUAUUAUGCAAUAAAUCACAUGAUAAAAUUAGGUGGUCACAAACAGACAAAAGGACAAUCAAAACACUGUAAUCUCUGUGUCUUUUGAUCCCAAAACAAUACUCCACAUCAGUUAUUAACCCUCAAGAAAUAUUAUAUAAUCAUGUUCUAAGCAUUUUUGUUCUGUUUCAAAUGUGUAGCAGCUUUUUAAAGGUUUACAUGGACUUGUUCUAUCCUUAAGUAAUCAAUUGACUACUUAACCAUUUAUGCGUUCAAGUACUAGUGCAUGGAAAUUAGUUCCAGUGUGGACAGCAAUGUUUUCCCUUCCUGUAUUUCUGUCAAAAUGUCAGAAACAACGAGCGAUUAGUGUCAUUGUUUUUACUCGAAAAGUGGUUAAGCUGGUUUGUGGCUUUUUAACCCUUUAUGUGCUGUUUUGUGUCUGUGUUUUUUCUAUUCCUAGGUCCAAGAUGCCCAAUGAUUAUUAUUAUUUUUUGUUAUGUCUUGAAUCUGUGUGUAAUUCACCUGUUAUUAUUUUUGAUAUUCAUAUUUAAAAUGUAUUUCUUCUUCACAUAAUCCAGAAAAUAGCUGUCACAAUCCAUAUUGUUCACAAAU